CGUUCGGAGUGCAACAAGUAAUUCCUUCUAUCUGAAUAGUCUGAUAUACUAGUAGUACCGUGCUCAAGAGGUUAUAAUUAGGGUCCUCUCAAACACCGAUAUGAUGACCUCACAAUUCAAUAGUACUCAUAUUUAGGUCAAUUGGCACCAAGCUGAUCAGAUAAUCCCCAUGGCUAAGUACUAUGAUGAAAUACCUGAAUCUCUCAUCGAAUGGGUGAGGAAACAGCACAUGUUUUGGGUGGCUUCAGCUCCUCUGGGUCCUGGUGGACACGUCAAUGUCUCCCCCAAGGGCACAGCGGAUUCCUUCCAUGUGGUGAACUCUCAACGAGUUUGGUAUCAGGAUCUGAGUGGAAGUGGUGUGGAAACUAUAUCUCAUAUCAGAGAGAACGGUCGCAUAACGAUUCUGUUUCACUCCUUCGAGGGACCUCCUAGGAUCUUGAGGUUGUAUGGGAUAGGGACUGUAUACGAAUUUGGCACGCAAGAGUACGAAUCUCUGAUUCCUCCUGAGACUCGUAAACCGGGGUCCCGUGCAGCUAUCGUUAUCGAUGUAUAUCAGUGUCAAACGUCAUGUGGAUACGCUGUUCCAAUCUAUGACUUUGUUACACACCGCACUCAACUCCUCCGAUGGGCUGACACGAAAGAGUCAUUCGAGCGCGCUACUGCCUCCACAGAGAUUAAUCCGAAGGGCAUGAGAGCAUACUGGAAGCUGAAGAACCUCUCAAGCGUGGAUGGUCUUCCUGGUCUGCUAACAGCCCCUGACUCCAAAGCAACAUAUCUCAGCGUUUUUGACAAGGAAGGUCCAAGACCGAAGUUGAACCGUUUGUCUUCCGGGGAUGCGGACGUCCUGAGAACCGGCACAACUUUAGCGGUUGGUUUUGCAAUCGGCACAUUGGUAGCCACUGCUCUUCCUCGCAUCUUAUCCGUCACCGGAAGCUUUAGUAUCCGAACCUAGUGUGCAGCAAUAUUGCAUACCUUUGGGACAGUUGGAUCGUCUUGUGUACUUUAGCUAUACACUGGGAUGAUGCCCGAAAAAAUCUGUUUCUAUUCGUGGAAGUCAUGAUGCCCCGACGGCUCAAGAUACAGUUCCAGGAGUCACAUGAGCCU